AUGAGGCACGCAGCACACAAUUGGGGUCACCAUGCCGUGGAGACUACCUUGGCACUCUAUGCCCUCAUCAUGUCCAACGAGGAUUUGAAGGAAGUGCAUGGUCGCCGUUGGAUCUUCUUCCUGGACGACUGUUCCCUUGAGCUCCAAGGCGAUUCCAUCGAGUUCUGCAUGCAGUUCGUGCCGAAACCCAUCAACUGCAUCCAGGAGAUCCCACAUUUAUGCGCGAAGUUCACCCAGCAGUUGUGGCCCUUGCUGACCGACUGGGCCCCCUUGGAGCAGAGGGCGAUCCAGCCGCGCUUGGGAGCGACCAGGAUGCUUUGCUUCCACUCCCUCGUUGCUGGGAUGGCUCCCUGGCGCCGUCCCGUGCAGCUGCAGGCGCUGCCAUUGGCUUCAGAGCGAAGCCCACAACGUAUCAAGCUGAUGCCAUUGGUUCCAGCAAGUGUGGGCUGA